GUACACGUGCAGGGCACACCUUCUCCAGGAUGACCUCGGCCCCCGUCCUCCCGCAGUUGCUUCUUUUGGCUGGUACAGCGGUGGUCACCUGUGCCCCAGCGUUAUGGUCUUAUGGAGGGAUCACGGGAGCUGACUUGAUUGCAGCAGUGGUCGUUCAAGUCGUGGUGUUCGCUACGGUGGUGUUCAUCUUGUACUUGAGCUGGGCAUACGGGGCGAUGAUGAGUCGUAACUCGCUCGAUGUUGACACCUACACGGGGAAACAGCCCAGCUUCAAAGACAGGGUGGGCGUUGCCUUUACUCACUGGAUGGCAGCCGGCUUGGGCGCGGCUUCCUCGCGUCGCACCCCGAGCGACCCCGUCCCGCUCGAGGCCAUGCCCUCGUCGUUCGUGGACAAGCUCAAGGUCAACCACGACUCGACCUCGGCCGCGGCCAUCUCUCUCAGGGGCGGCGCAGCUGGCGGCGGUGGCAUCCCCCGCCUGGCGAUCCGAUCUUCCCGCGAGGGGACGAUCUUCGUGGGCACCAUCAGGAUGGGGUUCGGGCACCACCGAAUCGCAUACGCAGCUUGCUCGUGGGGGCUGGAUGCCGGGAUGGGGACAUACUUCCACGACCUGCUCAACAUCAAGUCGAGGGAGGCAGGGAUCAUCAAGAAGGCAGACGGGUUGUACAGCUACGGUUCUCGUCUCGCGUCGGAGCUGGGCGGUGUGGCGGAAAAGGUGUGGGGGGCGAUGACUCUCUCCGGUGACGAGAACUCCCUGAGGAAUUCGUGGCAGAUGGCGGAAGAGCUCAAACCUCUGAUGAUGGAGCUCGACAAAGACGUCCCUGUGAUCACCUCGCACUCGCUCGUCGGCAUGACAGCCGUCGCCUGCGGCUUCAAGCACGUCAUCAACCUAGUUAUCGACAACUGGGCCCAGUGGUUCGUGGUGGUACCGGGGGCCAUCAAUCUGGUACAGGGGCCUUCCAACUACGAGGCGCUUCUUCGUAUGGGAGUUCCUCCUGACCAGGUCCGCUUGGCUGGCCACUGGGUUCCCAAGGGCGUGCACGAGACUAUCGACCAGGACUGUAGGUCGCGGAUUGUGCGCGCCUCCUCAGGCGUGAGCGCCCGGCGCCUGCUGGUGCCUGUUGGAGGUGCCGGCGCCCAGAGGAAGUUCGUUUCAGGCUUCGUGCGCAACUUGCUGGAGCCGCUUAAGGAUGGCCGGGUAAGGCUGCUGCUCAACGCUGGAGACCACGCCAGCAUGCAGAAGUCCCUCAAGAAGUGCUUGGAGGAACUAGGAAUCGGUUUCAAGGUAAUCAGCGAUUUUGAUGAGAUGAAGUCUCUCAUCGCACGCUUGCACCUGUCGAUUGAAGAGGGAGAGGAUGAUGACAGCGAAGCCUUCAUGAACAGGGUGCUCGCUGCAGAGGAAGGACUCCCCCCUGUCAUCAUGUUCGCCUUUGACGACUAUUUCCCGGCGGUGGCGGCUACCGACCUUCUGGUGCCAGUGGCUGACAUUUUGUGCUGCAAGCCGUCCGAGUUGGCGUUCUACCCGCUGCCCAAGCUCAUGAUCCGGAGGGUGGGGGACCAUGAAGCUCACUCGGCAACGAGAGCGGCGGAGAUUGGGGAUGGAACGCCGGAGGUUCGCACACUGGAGUCCGCCGCGCACUACGUGGAGAUGCUCUGCUCUAAGGAGCGCCCGGACCUGUUCGUCAGCAUGAACCAGCAGAUCAUUAAGAACCUCAGCAUCGGCAUCUAUGACGGCUGCAAGGUUGCUGUUGAGCUCGCCGCGGAACUGGCUAAGCUCUGAGGCUGAGAUGCGAUAUAUGAGACCCUAUCCUAAUACGGAAUUUAUUCGGGGAACGACGCGCCUCCGUCUGGCCAAGCAGCAGCUUUCUUCUUAACCUCAUGCGCGGUCUUGUUAGUAUGGCCAUGGAUGCUGAUCCACGGGUUGGCACUACCAGACGCUGCGGUCGAUACAUCACCGACUGCUCCUUCGAGUUAUCGGGUACAAGCGCAAGAAAGACACCUACCGGCAGCUCUCUUACGCCCAAACGCUGAAGAGGGUCGUAUGCCAGAGCGUUGAAGCCACGAUCCGACAGCGAGGCCUACUGUUCGCGGGAGCAUUGGCAAGGCAGCCGGAUGGGCGACUCCCGAAACGACUGAUGCUCGGCAAACUGGCUGGGGGGGAGCAGCGACGUAGGGGGGGACAGGAACAGAACUGGCCAAAGUGUGUGCUCGACGACCUGAAGGCAUUCGGGGCCGACCACGGAUCUACGGAAAGCGAUCCAUGUUGUCUUGGAAUCCCGGUACCGAAAGACACGGCACCGAAGUUAAAGUGGACGGAAGCCGCGAAGGUGGAGGGGGGAGUACCUUGGCAUGCGGCGGUGCUGCAGGGAGCUGAGAGGUCCAUGACCUCCUGGCACAAGGAGGAAGAAGAGGCCAGUCGACAACGGGCGCUCAAACGAAGCCACAAGUCAACAACCGAUGGGGGGGGAGGGGGGCAGGAGACGGCGAGGGGACAAAGCAAACGAGAAGAGACGUUCCGAGUGGCGCGAUACUUGUCGGAUUGAAUUUAUUUUUGCCAAUUCCCCCCCCCCCAACGCGGCACCAUUGCACGAACCCCCCACUAGUAAUGACGUACCAUUACAAUGUAUCGCAGGUUGGUGGCCAUGUUUGCGUGUUUACUCGUUCGUUAGUGGUCUCUCCACCGUGUGCCUUUCUCUGUCUCUUAUUUCUUGUUAUUUUCGGCCUGGUCCCUUUUUGUCUUCGUUUUCUUUUAUCGUUUUCUCUUUUUUUUCUCUCUUUUUCUGUGUCAGAUGGUAUUGUCUCUGCUUGCGUUGUGAUGUACCAAGAUUGAACCAAGG